UUUUGAACACGAGUUUUAGAAAAACUUAAUCGUGUGUUUCUGGUGAAUGGAGAAGGUGCCCCACAAUUUAUAAAAAGGGGUGAUAGUUAAUAGAUUUAUAUAGACUCAUUAGCGGUAGUAUGUGUAAAUAUGUAGAAAUUUCAAGGAUGAUUAGUUAAUGGGGUUAUGUCCAAAAAAUGAGUAGGAAUAUUUUAUGGAGAGAGGGAGUAAUAUAUAUGGCUGACUUGAGAGGAAGAUGAGUGAUCAAAUAUGCGUAUGUAUAAGAAUUAAACAGGUUAAAAUCUCAAUAUACAGCCAUGAAGCCCAUCCAAGUUCUACACUGGUGUCGGGAGACGUUUCAUUACUACGUCGUUUUCACGAACUCCAUCUUGUUCAUCUUAGGCCUCAUAUUCAGCUACAAGUUGGUGGAGAAGACAUUUCUGAACAUUUUGAUAACGCGUCUCACCGACGCGUGGGAGGAGUACGACCUCCGAAGAGCUGUAGUGGUCGUGAAUUUGAUGGAAGGAACAAUCGCAAUUCUCGUUGCGUUGUUCGCUUAUGUAGCUAACAUUUAUACCGGCCGCUUCCAGAUGGUGGUUAUCUCUACUGCAUUUUGCAUCACUGGACUGUUACUCAACUCUCUGGCGGAUGGAAAUGACGAUAAUAGGCAGCUUGAAUUGCGCUUAUUCUACCCUGCAUUAGGGCUAAUGGCGUUGGCCCUAGCGUCGCAGAUAGCCUCGCUGCAACCGUUUCUUGAGGAUCAGCUUAGGCCGAUGGUUGUCGAUGGCGAUAGGAGACAAGGAUGCACCAAAUUCUGGUGGAAUCUGGUCUCCUUUGUGGCUGCCAUUUUCGCUCAAUUUGGGCCUUUACCGCGAUUUCACUUCAAGAAACUCGCAAUAGUUCUUAUAGGUGUGAUGAGUGGUUGCGUCUUAGUGUUCAUGUUGGGUACCAAAUACUACUAUAUGGUCUCCACAAUUCCAAACCCCUUUAAAGAAGUUGGUAUCGUCAUCGUCAGAGCCAUCGCUAACAGAAAUCUCGACUAUACACAAACUCCGGAGCCUCGCGUUCUAUGCUUGAGGUGGUUAGACAAAGGCGCAGAGGCAGGCAAUUGGAGUAGUGUUGAAGAAGUGAUGAGAGUGAAGAUUUUGUUUAAGAUGCUCCCAUUGUGGUCUUGUUUCCUCACUCUGAGCCUUGUGGCCGCUUCCGGAUCCACCUUCUUCUUCGCAGAAGCCUUCAACCUUAUUCAAGACAAUAAUACUCUAACUCCCAUUCUCUUUCUCGCCAAUCUGACGAGAUUCACAGACUUCCUGGUCUCAGAAACGUCCAGCUACGUCGUCAGAAAACUUAAAGAGAAAAGGCAAUACAGCCAACAGAAGAUGGAGCUGGUGCGAAUCGGCAUCGGAAUGUCAUGCUGUGUGCCGUGCUGCCUCGCUGCUUGGGUGACAGCAACACGCAGGCAGCACGACACCAUCAACGUCUAUUGGCUAACUCCACAGUACUUUUUACUUGGACUAAUGAGCGGACUCUCUCAAGAUGGCCUAUGCUCGUUCUACGAAUCUCAUGUUUCUGAGAAUUUGUGCUCAUUCGGGGCGCCAUUUAUAGAAUUGGUGAUGGGUUUGGGUAAAUUUAUGGCCAUACCUUACGUUGUGAUCUUGAGCAAGAGGCCGUUGGAGUGGUUCCGGGUUAUGCUAGAAGACAGUCGCCUCGACAAUUAUUAUAUUCUCCUGGCGGUUAUGAGUUCUGGGAACCUUAUGAUAUACUGUUUGGUUGCGUGGUGGUACGGAGAGGAUGCCGAGGAAGUCCAAGUCAUGCAAGAAGAGGAUGCCGAUCACUCCUAGAUUUCCACUCAAAAAUACAUGUUAUUUAUUAGUUAUAGUCAAACAUAAACUUAAAUUUUUAUAGAUUUUUUGUAAGUUAAUAUACUACACUAGCUCAUUUCAUAUAACAAAAAAAAUUCAUGAAUAAAAAUUAUUGUUUCU